UUGCAUUUACGAUAAAAAUUAUUUUGUUCUGAUUACCAAAACAACAACAACAGCGUUCAGUGGAUUUCAUUCCUGUUUUUAUUUGUGGAUUAUUAUUGUUACCAAAAGGCUUACAAGAUGCUCAAACACGUACAAAUCUCGCCACUACGCAAUCGUUCAGAUUCAAUUUCGCUGCGUUCAACCACAUCGUGCGCUUCUUCAAUGUGUGGUAGCCCAGAGCCACCAGCGGAUUUGCAGCGUACACCCUCACGUGCUUCCAGCUAUUCCAGCUUAAACGAACAAUUGCCACAAACAACAAUCAAAAUAUUUACCAAUUGCCUUAAAAUUGAUAUAGAGUAUAAAACGUUGGGUAUACAAUGGGACACCACAAGUAAAGAGGUUAUAACACAGUUAUUGAGAAGAUUAAAAAUGCGUCAUCGUGAUCCACGUUUAUUUUAUCUAACAAUGGAAGUUUUGGUACGUCGCGCGAAUGUAAAAAACACACUGGUAUUAGACGAAGAUACUAGGCCAGCCAUACUACAAGCUUGUCAUCCAAAGGGCGAAUCUAGAUUUUGUUUACAACUAAAACCAGGAGGACUAAUACGUGUACAUACAUCAGCCUUGCAACCAACAUCGCAAUAUAAAUCACUGGUCAUUUCGGAAGAGACUACGUCUGAUGAACUAUUGCAAUUACUAUUGUCAUGCUAUAAUUCUAUGGAACCUGUUGAACAGUUUUCCAUAUAUGAGGUUUGCCCUGGUCAGGAGUACCAGCGUAAAUUGCAUCCCGAUGAUAUACCACUACGCGCACAAGUCGAACGCAUGAAACGUGGUGAAUCAUGCCAUUUUCUCGUGAGACGUAAUCCGAACUAUGCACGUCGCCGCCAAUUGUUACCUACAUUAAAUGACGUAGUUCAAAAUUAUAGUACUUCAAGCACAUCAAAUAAGUCAUUUGAUGCUAAUAGCACUUUGUCCUCAUUAGAUGACACAAAUAGUUUACUUGAUAUGUCUAUUGAAUCUCUUUCGGAUGAUCUGCAUAGUUUAACAGCUAGUGAUGAAGAUGAAGAUUGUGCCUCCUCGACAUCUGGUUCAUCUGACACAUCGUCAGAGGGCUCAACAACAGUGCGACGCAUACCAUCCCAUUUGUCCAUUGUACCAGUAAAUGCAGCAACAAAUAUUUUACAUGACAAAUGCAUGAAAUGUCGCAACAAUUACAAAUCUUGCGAAUUUUGUCAUAAAAAUUCAGCAGUGAUGCAAUGGCAGCGACAAGCCAAAGCGACAGCGACAGCAACUGCAGCAAGCAAACAAUUGCUGCAAAUGCGUUUACCAACGUAUAAUCCGGUUUAUAAUAUACGUGAGAUCCGUACAGUAUCGCAUUCGUUCUCAUCGCUCGGCAAUGAUAAAAAAUUGCUCGACAUACAAUUGAACGGUUGUUUCGAUGCGGCAACAGCAACAAUGCCCAUGCCAGCCAAAGUUGCAACAUCAUCAAGUCCAACAACUACUCGUAUUAGACCACAAAGUGUUUAUAUGGGUCGCACAACACAACAGGCCAUGAUUAUGGAUGAUGUAAACAAAAAUGUGAAUAUGAGUGACGUCAACGGCAACAAUAAUCCAAACACUAUUACAAAAUGCCUAGCGAAAGCAACAGGCCUGGCUCUAAUGACUACAGUUGCCGGUGAAGCUGUUAAUAAUAAUCCAGCAAAGGGUCUAGGACAUUUUGUUUAUUUAUAAGUUCAAUUAUUCUCAUAAGCAUUUGAUGAUACACUGUAAAAAUUUAUUGUAUAUGUCCUUUGAAAAAAGAUGCGUACUACAACAUUUGUGUUAUUGCAAAUAGUUUCAACUUUAAUUUAAUAAAGAGAAUUUAAAUUCUUGCAUAUUAAUAAGAUCUAACUAAUCCGAGAGAUAAAACAGUAA